UGAUUGGUGUCUUAGGGUGCGUGACGUUUCUUCGCAGAGAGACAGCGGGCGGACUAGUAGUGCUAUUGCCGCUGCUGUCAUUCUACUUGUUGCAGGCUGUGUGUCCUGCUGUCCUUGGUGUCACCCGAGGCUGUGUUACAGAAACCGGAGCAACCGGGGAAGCACUAGGUAAACAAGACUAGUGCGAGUCCUGCUGGCUCCGGCACAGGCUGGUUUGGGGUGUGGCGUGUGUCAUUCAGCAGGAUAAAUUACAACCAAGGUCACCAUGAACGGACAACUGGACUUAAGUGGCAAGCUGAUCAUUAAAGCUCAGAUCGGAGAGGAUAUUCGGAGAAUUCCCAUCCACAAUGAGGAUAUCACUUAUGAUGAGCUGGUGCUGAUGAUGCAGCGGGUUUUCAGAGGAAAGCUCCUGACCAAUGACGAAGUGACAAUUAAAUACAAAGAUGAAGAUGGAGAUCUCAUUACUAUCUUUGAUAGUUCUGAUUUAUCAUUUGCUAUACAAUGCAGUAGGAUUCUUAAAUUGACUCUCUUUGUUAAUGGACAGCCAAGACCUUUAGAAUCCAGUCAAGUGAAAUACCUGCGUAGAGAAUUGAUAGAACUGCGCAAUAAAGUCAAUCGAUUGUUGGAUUGUUUAGAGCCACCUGCAGAACCUGGAAUUCCUGCCAGCCUCCCAGACACGGAGACUGUUGAUGGUAGAGAAGACAAAUCUUCUGCUCCUGAUUCCUCUGUCAAGCCUUCUACCCAAGUCAUGGCUGCCAGCAUGUCUGCUUUUGAUCCUUUGAAAAACCCAGAUGAAAUCAACAAAAAUGUCAUGUCUGCCUUUGGAUUAUCUGAGGACCAGGUUACUGGACCUCCCAGUGCUCCAGUAGAGGAACGAUCUAGCACGCCUGAUAGUAUAGCAUCCUCCUCUUCUGCUCAUCCUCCUGGAGUUCAGCCUCAGCAGCAACCAUACCCUGGAGCUCAACAGCAAGCAGGUCAGAUUGAAGGUCAGAUUUAUCAACAGUACCCACAGCAGCCUGGCUAUCCUACACACCAAGGGCAAUCGCAAUCCCAUGCUCAGCCCACGCAACAGUAUGUGCAGUACCCUGUUUACAAUCAACAGGCUACACAGCCACAAGCUCAGCAGUUUCCAGCAUAUAAUCAGCAAGCUGCACAGGCUUCUGCUUCUGGAUUUCCAGCCCAGCAACAGCCAUCUCAGCAGUAUCCAGCUGGCACAUAUCCACCUCAGACCUACACUACACAAGCUUCGCAGGCUGCAAACUAUAAUGUUCCACCUGCUACUCAGCCUGGAAUAACUGCUAGUCAACCAGGAUCCUAUCAACCAAGACCAGGUUUUACCCCACCACCUGGCAGCACUGUUACCCCACCACCUAGUGGGCCUAAUCCAUAUGCUCGUAAUCGCCCUGCAUUUGGUCAGGGCUACACCCAGCCAGGACCAGGAUAUCGAUAAAUAGUUGAGAUGAUAUUAUACACAAGGCCACAAGCUGCUAGAUCUUUCCAUCCCAAUGGACACCAAUAUUAUGCUUACAUUUAUGACUAUGUUCCAGGUAGCAGAAGAAAAGUAUUAUUUUGCUUCUUGUUACAUGGUUAAUUUUCAGUAAAUGUAUUAUUGGGAGAUGAGACCAAAUAAUUAUUUCCUGCUUUCAACUGUAUCUACUCUCUAGUAAACAAAAAAAGUGAUUGACACUAGCUGGCCUUGUCAAAUGUUUGAAAACAUGCUACUUGAGAACCCCACUGUUUUGACUUGUUUUUAAUGAUCUGAUGUGUUAAAUUAGAUCAGUUCUGAAAGGUAAAUCUAGGUAUUAUGUACAAAUUCUAACAUUCACAUGAAAACUUAAUAAAAUAUUAAAAUCA